GGAUGGAAUAUAUAACAGAAAAUUAUUUAAUCCAGUUUUUUAAUUUUUCUUUUUUACAGAAUGGCAUCAAAAACAGUUCAGAUGAUAUUUGUGGCUCUCAGCGCCAUCGGGGUGAUGAUGGUCAUCAUCUGCUGCUCCCUGCCUGAGUGGGUUGUGACCAAUCAGGAUGAUACGGAAGUUCAUGUAGGUCUGUGGAAGACGUGUAUGAAGCAGGGAACUGGACUGCAGGCGUGCGUAACGCAUGAUGACUCCCUGAUAUUCUCUAAAAUUCAGGCCUUAAGGGCCUUGACCGUCAUCAGCUGCAUCCUCUGUGGUCUCGGCCUCCUCCUCCUGAUCUUUGGUUCCGACUUCACCCCAUGUGUUCAGAACCAAGCCCCCAAACCCAAAAUGAUCCUGGCGGCCGCAGUGGGGCUGCUGCUGGCCGGCCUGCUGGUGAUCAUCCCGGUCAGCUGGGUGACAAAUAAUAUGAGCAAUGCACCAGAGGGAAUGAUGCUGGGAGCGAGCAUCUAUAUCGGCUUUAUAGCUGGUUUGAUGUUGAUGCUGACUGGAGGUCUGCUCUGCUACUUAAGCAGAUCCAGCAGCUCUGGAGGAACCGCCAGCUUCUUCAGCAACAGAGUUUAAGCUAAAACAUACAGAAUGUAGAGGCUUGAUGGAAGGAACUGGUGACCAACAGACGGGCAGACAAGGGAUAAAUUUAGGUAAAAACUGGGAAGAUGAUGUGAAAUUAUCAUUUCUAUACUUUUAACAUUUGGUGUUUGACUUUUAACAUAAUUUUCCUGAAUGCUGGAAAAUUUGAUUUCAGUGAACUUUUGAUUCAUUUUUUUGUUUGCAUAUUAAAACUGUUUUAUGUUUAUUUUCUUCAUGCUUUCUUAAUUCCAGUUUAAAAACCAGUCAACAUAAUUACCAACCAGAUUUGCUUCAAUUUCAUGAUGUUUCUCAGUUUUCUGCUUUAUUUUCUAUUGAUAAAACAUUUACUGUAACUAUUUCUGUUUUUGUACAAUAACCACAACAGAUCAUUAUCUUUGGUCAGAUGUGAUUGGAAAUUAAAUAAGAUGAAUAAAAAAAAACAGUUUCAUAGAAUAUGAUUUUUGUUUUACAAAAAUAAAAAAAUGUAAGCAAAUUACAGAAAACUUUACUUCAACUAUUUGAUUCUUCAUCUCAUGCAAAAAUAAUAUUGUUUUAGAAAAUUAUGCAAAUCCUUCAGAUAAAGUGUUACAGUCAGACUUUAAUUUAUCUUAUAUUUCAGCUUUUGCUUCUGUAUUUUCAUUUGCAAACAAAUAAAUAAUGAAAAGUUUUUGCUGAUUUUUCAUAA